AUGACCUUCCUUCAUAAUUCACGCGCCGCCGUCCCGCAUUUCAAAAUCUUCCUUGAACGCUUUUUCACCCUGACCUUCAUACUCCUACGUGCUCUCGAGGCAUCCGGCCCUUCCCACAAGCACCCUGAUGCCAUCGGCGACGCCCCAACAGCGAAGGCAGACAAACCCUCCACCUGGACUCGCCCGGCUGCCAAAACCCCCCAUGAGAACCCCAAGCUUAACACGGCCGGAACCUGGACCCCAGACCCCAGCCAACUCCUCGGCGAGUACGAGGAGCCUCCCCCACCUCGUGACACCAACGCAUACUUUAUGACUGACAACAACACUGUGGUCACCGUCCAGGUUGGCAUGACUGCCGAUCUCCGCUGCCAGGUGUUCGACGUGGCCGAACACGAAACGGAUUGGACGCUGCAUGUAAGGUACGCCCAGCCCCGAGAUGCGGGCGUGUACGAGUGCCAGCUCUCCGCCCACCCUCCCAUAGGCGUCUACACCACACUCAAUGUCAUCGAGGCUAAGGCGGAGAUCGAAGGGGAAUCAGAGAUCUACGUGCAGACCGGGAGCUCCGUGCAACUUACGUGCAAGUUGAAGGACUUCACUGAGCCUCCUACGUACGUGUUCUGGUUUCACGCCGAGCACAUGGUCAACUACGACUCAAACAAAAGGCGCAGGAUCUCAAGCCUCAAUCUCCCCCAACAUAGCCGUGUCCAACGGGAUGGAGUGAGCGAGCUGAGGAUCUCAAAGGUUACAAAACACGACAGUGGGAACUAUACCUGCCAGCCUGCCAACGCUCGCCCUGCUUCAGUGUCCCUCCAUGUCAUUACGGAAAAGUUUGAUUACUCAGGCAGUGGCGGAUCUGGAAGCCACCUGGGAACAUGCUCACAAAUACGUGAGACUCCCGCCGCCAUGCAACGAGCCAGUGCAACGGAAAUCCAGUACCGCGUCAGUCUAGCCCUUAUAUCCACCCUGGUUGCUCUGAUCGCCUUUCAGCACUUAAUGGAAAGUUCAGGUGUUGCUUUCGAGGAAAAUGGAAAGCCAUAUCUUCCAUGGCUGGAUGGCACUGUUAGGAGAGUUUGGUUGGCUUUAGACGUCAAGACUUUCCACGCCCAGAUCUGCCAACGGUGGCACGUGUUUUCUGUUCUCUUAUCUGACGUGUUUAUCAAAAUACGUUAG